UACACUCGGACAUUUAUUUGAGAGAAAAUGGAAUUGGCAGAAUUCAUCUAAACACGGGAGUUAUGGCUAUGUUAAGGAUAAACAAGGAUCUUGAAAUGGAAUCCAACAUCAUGCGCCAACAGAAGCUCGCAGCUGGCCAGUCUCAACUAGAUCGCCACAUCAACAGUGUCCUAUUACAAGCGUCUCUUAGAAGACCACCAGUUUCAGUACGAAUGUCUGGGAGUAGAUAUUCAGGAAGCAAUAAAAUAACGUCAUCGGCGAUUUCCGGUGCACAAAAAGCCGCAUCAAAACUGGUAUGGUCGAAAGUCAUGCUUUCGAAAGGAUCGACCGUAAUGAAAUCAACAUGCUCAACACGGAUGAUUAAAUCGCCAAAAUAUGUCGAGAAGGCUUUUCCAAAUCACAAGCACGAUGUAAUUGAAACAAGUAUUAUUAGGUUGGUACCGAAAUAUGAUUUUGAAAUUCCUUCAGAUCAAGAAUUUGAAAAGCUUAUCAAAAAUGCCUAUCCAAAACCUGUGAGAAAUCAAAACAAUUUCGAAAACACAUGUCUUACUAAAUCAGAUCAUUCUUGUAAAAGUGCCGUAGAGUCAAACAUUUAUUGCAAUGGUGAACUGAACAAUGAAUAUGAUAGUAAUGUUAGCAAAAGACCUGAUAAUGAAUUCCGUCAACAACUUGAAAAUGAAAACCAGUUGAAAGCCAAUGUAGAGAAAGACAAAAUAGUUCUUCGCGGUGUAUCGGAAGAAAUAAAAAAUCAAGCAUUGCUAACACACGACACAGAUACCACUUUGCCUGGUCAUGAAAUCAAAACAAGCUUUAAAACUGAAAUUGAUCUCGACGAAAUUUAUGAUAUUGGUUUGUUUUUUGAAGUCUGUAGCAAACUAAAUAAAGAAAAUGUCAACGAAGUUUAUGAUAUUGGUUUGUUCUUUGAAGUCUGCAACCAAUCGAAGAAGGAAGAAAUCGACGACAUUUAUGACCUUGGUUUAUUCUUUGAAGUCUGCAACCAGUCAAAGAAGGCAGAAAUCGACGAAGUUUAUGAUAUUGGUUUGUUCUUUGAAGUCUGCAACCAAUCGAAGAAGGAAGAAAUCGACGAAGUUUAUGAUAUUGAUUUGUUCUUUGAAGUCUGCAACCAAUCACAGAAGGCAGAAAUCGACGAAGUUUAUGAUAUUGAUUCAUUCUUAGAAGUCUGCAACCGGUCGAAAAAGAGUCAUUUCGACGACGUAUUUGACAUUGGUGUGUUCUUUGGUUUAUGUUGUGAAGCCUCCGAAUUAAAGAAAACGACAGAGUUUGAUAAUGCAGUUGAUGAUGAUCCAGUAUUUGAUCCCAGUAACAAUAACAGUAAAAUCGAUGUCGGCAGUGUGUUGGGACACACUCUGACUGACACCACCAGAGAAUGCACAGUUGACACUACAAGGCAUGAAGUUAACGAAAAUAACGAAGAUGAUAGCAACAUGAUUGAUGCACAAAACAUGGAUAUUGCGCCUUUACCUCGUCUUGAUGAGAACAUAGACUUUGGUGAGGAUAUGUUCGGAAUUCUUGGAGUGUUUUGCAGAAGUGGUUUACAUCAACUGUACAGCGAUGUCCAGGAUGUCAAUGCUUGAAUCGUGCACACAUUUACAUAAAACAUUUUUAUUGUUAUAAAUCAUUAAAAUUAAAAAAGGAUAAGAUUAUGUUUGCUAAACGAAAAA